GCUGACUGAGACUAAAUCAUAAUUUCACGUAUAGUAUUGUUUGAAUUUUCCCAAAAUGUGAUACCUAAAGUCCUCCUAUAAUACAUUGAUACAUUAAGGCGAAUGUAAAAACAACCCAGGCGGUUCAGUUGUUUAAAAUGGAAAGCCAGCCUGCUAGGUCCACGUACAGGUUUGCGGGUUGAAGCUUUGCUCUUGGACAUCAGGAUGUACGGCUCCGUGAGGGUGUUGUUGAAGGUGCUGUGGGCCCAGUUGCUCUGUGGGUGGGUUCUGGGCUCAGAGCUGACGUUUGAGCUGCCAGACAACGCUAAACAAUGUUUCUACGAGGACAUCAUCAUGGGCACCAAGUGCACACUGGAGUUUCAGGUGGUGACAGGCGGCCAUUAUGAUGUGGACUGUCGUUUGGAAGACCCAGAAGGCACUACCCUCUAUAAGGAGAUGAAGAAGCAAUAUGACAGCUUUACAUUUACAGCAGCCAAAAAUGGCACCUACAAGUUCUGCUUCAGUAAUGAGUUCUCCACCUUCACACACAAGACUGUUUACUUUGACUUCCAGGUUGGGGAUGACCCUCCACUCUUCCCCAACGAAAACAGAGUCACUGCUCUCACCCAGAUGGAAUCAGCAUGUGUGUCCAUCCACGAGGCCCUGAAAUCUGUUAUUGACUACCAGACACACUUCCGUCUCCGUGAAGCUCAGGGCCGCAGUCGUGCCGAGGACCUCAACACUCGAGUUGCUUUCUGGUCCAUUGGAGAAGCGAUUAUCCUUCUGGUGGUCAGCAUCAGUCAGGUGGUCCUGCUGAGAAGCUUCUUCUCUGACAAGAAGACCACCACAACACGUGUCGGAUCGUAACAGUUUCUGAACCCUGGGAUCUGAUCCAUCAUUUUCUUCAUCUGUACCAGGGCUCAUGUGCAUAGAGAUAGUUAAAUAUCAGUGCCAAUCUGAAAUGAUCAAACUGCCAGGUCUCUUGUCACCUUGAUAAUGCACCGAUAUUCUGACUUGACUUUAUGCAAAUGAGUCUUGAGCAAGGUUAUAUGUGUUAGAACUGUAUUUGAGGGGUAAAGCAGGAAACCUGAGGAGAGGUUUGCUUGUGUUGCUUGUAACCAUUGGAAGCACUUCAAGCAGUUGGUUGUUUAGUAAAAGCCGCCCUUGAAUACUUAAAUAUCUGAAAUUAUUUCUAAAUGUGUUCUUAUUUUAUUUUGAGUCAUUUUGUACCCCUAAUCUGUUCGUUCUCUAGCCUAAAUCUUGAUCUGAUAUAUCCAAGGGAGUGGAAGUUGUGACAUAACAUACUCAGUAGAGAUGUAGAGAUGGGGAUUUAUUUCCUCAACUGCACAGUAUUGGGUCUUUAAAACCACUCAGGCAAAAAAAAAGGUUGUAUUUCAGUUGAGGUUGCAUUUGGUUAUAUUAUUUUUAUUUUUAUUGUCAUUAAACUCCACUUUGAGAGUGAGAAAGACUAGAUAAUGUGUUUGCUUUUACCAGCUUUGUCAUUUUAGAAGUCAUUGGGGAAUACACUGAACAGAGUUUGGGCCAUCUUUAAUCUAACAGUUACUGAAAACAGUUUACAUUUGGGUUGAAUGAUUGAAAUUGGAAAUGCAUAUGUUCCUCCCCGGAGAAACUGACCUUAAAUUAAACUAAUCUGUUUUGAAUUUGGACUGAAGUAUCUCCUAAAAUUCAUCACCUGACUCUGUGUAGGUGAAAAAUGAACUGUAAUAUUCUAGUGUUUGGAAAUGGUGCAUUUUAUGUGGUCAGUGGAAACACCAGCAAUGAUCUGUGCACCAAUAGUUAUGAAAAGUAUGUAUUUUACUGUUUCCUUAGCAAUGUUAAAUCAUAUUCUGUCUUUGCUGUUUGAAGUGUAACAUCUUAUUUUCUGGUGGGCUGACAUUGUCCUUUUAGUUUUAAAUUAUCACUGUUGUAAAAAUUCAUAUUUUGCAAAGUAUUGCUUCAAUAUAAGAUAAUUCUGGACUCUGAGUUGUAGCUGUAAUAUGAGAAUUUCCUCCCCCUCUCACUCAAAUCAAAUCCUGAAGGGACUAGGUCUAAGAAACAAACUUGAUGACUACUAUGGCCUGUUAUGGCUUAUUUCAAUAUUAUUUUUAAGUUCAUUGUAAUCUUAUUUUCAAAGCAUUACUUAGAGAAAACCUAAAUGUGCCAGUUCAGACACAAAAUUGCAUUGUGAGAACAGUGUACGAAAUUAAAAGUUAAGCACCUACACCAACUUAACUUAAUCUAAAGAGAAGGUUAAACACAAAAAAUAACCUUCAAUGUACUUUUUUAAAAUAUAGCCACGUGUUACUGUGCUUGGCUCAGUUUCUGUCUUUCUCACUAUUUGCUAGUUGUCAGUUUUGGAAAAAGUGCACCUCAGUUUGUGCACUGACAGGUCAUGUUUGGACACAAAUUCAGUGCUGAGGCAUUCUGGGAACAUGUUAAGUUAUUGGGAUGGCUUAAUAAACUUUCUGUUAAAAUUGA